CUACCACACACACUCUCUCCCACACCCUCAUUCACCUACACCCAUACCUAUCAACCUACUCACUUGCCCAUCUUAUCAGGCCUCUCACGCGCCGACUCGCUCCAAUACUCAUGGUGAGUUCAUGUGGCGGCUAGUCUAUCUAUUCCCUGCCACUCCCCACCGAAGCGCAUGUGACCGCUCUCCCCACACCUACCUCUUCUUCACGCUGACACAUAGCCACUGUCUGCAUCCGUUUGCUACCUUCCUUUUCACACGCUUCCAACACCAGCUCCAGUCUUCACAUACAUAUCGAUUCAUGGCAAAUCUCUGUACAACAGUCCGCCCCACCGUUUCCUCCAUCCAGAGCUCUGUUCCAGCUCAUCGUCUCUUUCGCUUUGUCUCGUCGUGCAGUUGGUCUUGCAUGCGCCUUCUGUACCCGCCAGAGACCCCAUUGUUCUCGCAUGAAUAGUACCACCACCCCAGAUGAGGGCCCGACAUCACCAUCAUCAUCGACGGAUAGAUUAAUGCAAGGUCACACACCGGGUUCCCGUUCUGGAUGCACCCUCCAUCAACACUUGCACACAUGUAGGUAGUUUGCUUGCCUCUCCUCGUGAUCCAUAUUGCAACCCUACACAGCAAUGUCUCAUUCGUCACGGCCAAUAAUGUCCUCUCGAGCAUCCACCGUAGCAUAAGAACAUGCACACACUGCAUAUAUGAUU